AGCGACAGGAACCAGCGUGGACCAAUAAGUGUUCAAGGAGCGGGUGGGAAGUGGGCGUGGCUUAGGAGGGAAAUCUUCAGAAAGGCAGUGAAGGUCCCAGCCAGAGAAAACGCCCUCUGCGAGCAGUCACCAUGCCUCCCUCUGCGCCCCGCACAGUCCUGUGCCUUACCCUGCCACCGCUGCUGAUCCUCUGUGCCCUGGCUGUGCCGCUGGACCGCGCGGUGCCCCAGCAGGAAGCUAGCCCUGCCACUGAGAGCCCGGACACAGGCCUGUACUACCACAGAUACCUCCAGGAGGUUAUCAAUGUGCUGGAGACAGAUGGGCACUUCCGAGAGAAGCUGCAGGCUGCCAACGCUGAGGACAUCAAGAGCGGGAAGCUGAGCCGAGAGCUUGACUUUGUCAGCCAUCAUGUCCGCACCAAACUGGAUGAACUCAAGCGACAGGAGGUGUCACGCCUGCGAAUGCUGCUCAAGGCUAAGAUGGAUGCGGAGCAGGAGCCCAAUAUGCAGAUGGAUCACCUGAACCUCCUGAAGCAGUUUGAACACCUAGACCCUCAGAACCAGCACACAUUUGAGGCUCGGGACCUAGAACUGCUGAUCCAGACGGCCACCCGUGACCUUGCACAGUUUGAUGCUGCGCAUCAUGAAGAGUUCAAACGUUAUGAGAUGCUCAAGGAACAUGAGAGGCGCCGUUACUUGGAGUCACUGGGAGAAGAGCAGCGGAAGGAGGCUGAGAGGAAGCUGGAAGAGCAGCAGCGCAGGCAUCGGGAGCACCCCAAAGUUAAUGUCCCUGGCAGCCAAGCCCAGUUGAAGGAGGUGUGGGAGGAACUGGAUGGACUGGACCCCAACAGGUUUAACCCUAAGACCUUCUUCAUACUGCAUGACAUCAACAGUGAUGGUGUCCUAGAUGAGCAAGAACUGGAAGCUCUCUUCACUAAGGAGCUGGAGAAGGUGUAUGACCCGAAGAAUGAGGAGGAUGACAUGCGGGAGAUGGAGGAGGAGCGUCUGCGCAUGCGGGAGCACGUGAUGAAGAAUGUUGACACCAACCAGGACCGCCUUGUGACCCUGGAGGAGUUCCUCGUGUCAACACAGAGGAAGGAGUUUGGAGACACUGGAGAAGGAUGGGAGACGGUGGAAAUGCACCCGGCCUAUACAGAGGAGGAGCUGCGGCGGUUUGAGGAAGAGCUUGCUGUCCGGGAGGCGGAGCUAAAUGCUAAGGCCCAGCGCCUUAGCCAAGAGACAGAGGCCCUGGGGCGCUCCCAGGACCGCCUAGAGGCCCAGAAGAGAGAGCUGCAGCAGGCUGUUCUGCAGAUGGAACAAAGGAAGCAGCAGCAGCAGAAUAAUGCCCCGCCCUCCAACCCCAAUGGGCAGCUGCAGUUCCGCCCAGACACAGAUGAUGUCCCUGUCCCAGCUCCAGCAGGUGACCAGAAGGAUGUGGAUGCUUCUGAAAAGAAGGCUCCAGGACAGCCUCCUGAGGUGCCCCAGCUGGAUUCCCAGCACCUAUGACCUGUCAGUGACCCCAGCCCUCAAGUUCCUACAGAUGGUGAUGUAAGCUGGAUGAAGUGUCCCCAAAGCUGCCGGAGCCUGUGUGGCAUGUGGAGCAGAGGACAGGGCCACCCGUGGCACCGCUGUUCAGGCCCCUUCUGCCCGAGGGCUGAUUUCAGCCCUCACAGCCUCAGGGUCUUGGUCCUUUCCUCUGUCCCCGUCUUCAAGUCAAAGACUCACUGGAGGAAUGACAUUAAAAAGGACCCUCACCUUUCCAGAGUGCUCAGUCCAAACCUGCCUUCAUUCGUGGUUUGCUUUCAGCUACCCAAGGCUCAUCCACUCCACAUCCUGUGCCCGACUUCAGUGAGGUGUGGGAGUUUGGAUUGGUCCCUCCAAUGUUCUGCCCUCCAAAAAAGUGAUCUCAGUUCCUGUCCAUGGUUGGAGGCACAGGUAUGCUGGUCUCAGAUUUGACCAGACCCGUAGCUGAGGUCCCAGAUUUCUAGUGUCAUGUGGGAGCCUUGAAGGUUGGUAACCCCCCAUCCCAGGCCCCUGUUGACACUGCUGAGUCCUACUGUGUGCUGCAGCUACAUCCAAAUAUAGCCUGGCACAAAUAAACAGUGUGUCUGUGUAUA